AUGCAUUUACUGGAGGGUAAAGUACCCCAGGAAACCGAACUUUAUGGGGAUGGUUUGAGGCUGAAUCAGAAGUCGAGAGACUCACUCACGCUAGAGUUGGACGAGGAUACUGACACAGAAGACGAUUACCCUGUUAGAGUAUCGAUAGAUUCAACUUUGGAAUGUUUUGUUUUCCUGAGCUUCGGAAAAACCUGGGAAUUGUCUCUAGUGUUGGUUACUAUAGUGGUCUAUAUGAUGACUACGUACGAAGUAUUUUUUGAAGUGGAAGAGGAAACAGAACAGAGAAUCUCAUUUAUCAUCAAGUUACUUCUAGACGUAUUGUAUAUCGUCGACGUCUGUUCGUCGAUAUUACACUGGCGAUUAGAAGAUAUCAGAACCACAAAAGAGUUUAAGGCGAGAUCGAUAUUUCUGAUAUUUCUUGACAUAUUGGGAGUUGUUAUAGGAAUGCCAAUCCGCUUUUUAUUAAAUCACUCGGUUGAGGAUGAGCCGAUUUACGUCGACUUCCUCUCCGUCAUGAUACCAGUACUUCGAAUGUACAGACCCAUCAAUUUUUUCUCACGAUUGACAGAUAUGGUGGGAAACGUUGCUAUCACGGUCACGUUCGCGACGUACCUUGUAAUAUUUCUAGUUACUCUACACACCUACACUUGUUUCUGGUAUCUUUUUUCACAAUGCACCGUAUGCGGCGAACGCUGGAUCGUAACGAUAUCAAGUAGCAAGAAAUUGACAACCGACGAACCGUGGGAAUGGUACCUCGUCUCUCUGUACUUUGUAACGUGCGCUAUGAGCAGCACUGGAUUUGGCGGAAUCACGGCACGCAACAGCAUGGAGCAAAUGUAUACGUUAUUAAUGAUGGCCACGGGAUUUGUGAUACUUGUCGCAGCCUUUAUCGGCAGUUUAACAAGCGGGAUAUUAGAGGCGGUUAAAAGGAAUACGGAAUUCCGGAACAAGCUCCACCUUAUCACAGAAACUUUGGUGCAAGCUAAAGUAUCGAAGGACAUGCGGGAGGGUGUAAUCGAGUUUCACAAAUCUUUCUGGAAGUACAAAAAAGCAAUCAGUGCAUCUGAAAUGUUUGCGGACUUACCGUUGACGCUGCAAAAGGAAAUUUACUUGGACCGCUACUAUUUGGCAUUCAUAAGAUCUGUAAUGCUACGUGGCCUGCCUUCGGCAUACUUGCGAGAUCUCUCAAUGAGAACACGCAAUGAAUACUACAACUGCGGUGAUAUUAUAUACACGAAAGGAAGCCCCAUUGAUCGUAUGAUAUAUGUGGUUCGAGGAAAUAUCAGUAUUUUAUCGUCGGAUGACAACGAGAGUUCGAUACUAAAUUUGACGGCUGGUACGAUACUCGGUGAUGCAGCGUUGCUACUAAAUAUUGAAUGCAAAAGUCAAGUUGUCGCCGCGACGUCCUGCGAACUUCAAGUUGUCCACAAAGCCACUUUAUUUGCACACAAUAAUUUGUUUCACGAUAUUUACGUGGAAAUGAAUCGCAGAGUGUCAGAUCGCUUGGAUUACACGAAAAAACGAAUCGUAACAUUCAGAGCGCAAGAAAAUGCGGUAGAAAGAGCUUUGCACGAUAUCAAUCUUGGCUAUUCCUCGCCAAGAAAGCCGUUGAAAAUCUUCAAAAAUCAACUUCGCAAGAAGCAAAAAACUGACAAUACCGUAUGUCAGAUAAAUACGUAUCCAUUAAGCCCAGAAUUCAAUCCGCAGGACACUGUUGACAUGUACAUAAUGGCGACCGAAGCAGCCGUCGCCCGAUACGAUAUUUGCAUAAAAACCGAAUGGCCCUGGAUUUUAACCCCCAACACGUUAUUUCUAACACUCUGGCAAAGCGUGAUUGUGUUCGCUGUUCUGAUCGCUGCAAUUCUCUAUCCAUACUUCGCAUGCUUCAAGCGUUACAUGACUGAUGAUCUGCUAACUAUCAGAGUCAUUAUAGAUGUUUUAUACAUUUUGGAUAUUUACGUGCAAAUUUCAACGGCUAUCGACUUGACUCGUGACGUACUUGUAGAGGUGAAAAAGAUAACUGCGAUGAAAAUAAGGCAGUUCCGAUUUCUACUCGACAUAUUAGCCGUUUUUCCGGCUAAAGAGGUUGCGUUUUAUAUGAGCUUCUACACCAGUGGACGUGUUGGGACUAUUUUUCUAUUGAAUCGUGUAUUGAAAGUGCACGUCGUGUUUCGAGCUAUCAGUGACUUGGAGAAAAGUCUGAAUGUCAAUAUAAAGAUCAUCAGAAUGGCAAAAUACUUGUUGUGUUUGGUGUUUGGGUCGUAUUGGAUCGGAGCGAUUUUUUAUACGCAAGCAUGUUUUUACGAAAAUUGCGUAACGGGCAGCUGGUACGAUCAGAUCCUAACUCAAAAUUCUGAAGCCAACAUGAUAAACAGCCCUGUUUAUCUACUAAGCUUUUACUAUGCUUUGCAAGUGCUUUCGCAGACCGGUUAUGGAGACAUUAACGCCAGUACUUUGCAAGAGAUGAUUACCAUGUUUUUUUUCUUGGUAAUCGGAGCUCUUCUAUUCAACGCUUUGGUAUCCGAUUGUUCGGCAACGCUGAUGCUCUCUACUCUCGACAAAGUUGCGUACAAGGAGAUCGUCUUUGUGAUGAAAAAAUUUAUGGAGGAAAAUGACAUACCGGAGGUUAUUCAAAAACGAGUAUACAGCUAUUUGGACCUCCAAUGGCAAACUGAUCAAGGAUACAAGAUAAUGAACGAUAUUCCUUUAUUCGCGGAUUUGUCGCCCAAUAUGAAUAGAAGAUUGCUCAUUGCCAUGCACGGUGAGAUGCUGAGGUCAGUCCCCAUUUUACAAGAACUAAACGACGAGACGAUAACCGACCUUGCAGAUUGUGUUGAGAUCUACGUUCUACCGCCAGGAGAGAUAGUGUCGUACGCCGGCGAGAUGUAUCGAGAAUUUUAUAUCAUACAAGAAGGUUACUGCGAAGCUACAUCAGUGCUGACUAAUCGAGACAAGAAAACAUUGGGUCCUAAGGAAUUUUUUGGGGUUAUUGAAAUGCUGUUGGGAAAACCUUCGAUGCAAGAUAUCAGAAGUGUGACGCACCUGAAGCUGAUUAGAAUAUCGCAUUCGAGUUUGCAGAAAAUCUUUUCAAGUGACAAAAAAAGCUACGAACAUUUUUCUGCAUUAAUCCAGGUAGUCAGAAACUCCAACUUGGUUCGAAAACUGAAUUUUAGCCGAUCAGCUAUCGAGUCUCAAGAUUACACCGACCACCUUGACAUAAGCUGGAUCAAAUUCACAAAGCGACGAAAGCACGACGUGAAUAUGGAUUACACUCGACCCUUCCAAGACUUAGGAGUGUUGCAAUUUAUACAAUACAUGCUAAUGUCAAGGACCAUCACACCGAACGGUCCUUUCAUUCAAUUUUGGGAGACAUGCCGUGUGACGUCUGCUUUACUGAGCGGAUUUAUUUUCCCAUCUUUAACAUACAGCUCUCUGCAAUUCAGAGGGAUUGUUUGGAUAGCAUUCGUCUUGGACAUACUAGCCUUUCUAGAUAUAUACAUACGUUUGCACGUCUGUUACUACAACGAUGAAGGUCUAUUAAUCAGCCAUCCUCUGGCAACGGCGAAACACUACUUGACUCACAGCUUCGCUGUAGAUUUCUUGGGGGCUCUACCACUUUAUAUGGUACAACAUCAACCAACAAUACAUGCCGAUGGAGCGAAACAGAUCAGUUUUUCCAUAAACGAAAUAUCGGUUCUCAACAAGAUCAUGCAACUCUAUAGACUGCCAUCACCGUUGCUGCUGCACGAGUCAAACUUGGCUCGAUCGACACUCACCUUAAAUUUCUUUAAAUUCUUACCGGUAGCUUACAUUUUUAUCAACGUCUUAGCUGCUUUGUCAAUCGCAUUUACUUGUACCUAUUGGGAACGACCGGAUGGUACAAUUUACGUGGAAUACAGCAAGGAAUCUUGGAUCGGUCACAGUGAAAAUUCUUUCUAUUUCUCAAUGCAGAACUCAAUCAAUCUCUACCUGACAGCGGUAUAUUGGAUGGUAUCCACAUCCUACUGUAUCGGAUUUGGUGACAUAACUGCGCAUGAUGAGGACGAAAUGUUGUACACGGCGUUGGUCAUAAUCGUCGGUUAUUUGAUUUUCACGUAUAUAAUCGUCGUCGUAUCGAGUGGCAAAGCGAAUGUAAAUCGAAACUUGAUGUUAUAUCAAGAGCGCAUGCGACACUUGGUGACAUUCAUGAAGAUGGAACGCAUACCGAAGGUGAUUCAAGACAAGGCAAUAAAGCACUUCGAGAAUAUGUGGUGGCGAACACAUGGCAUAGAGACUCAUGCGAUUUUCAACAAAUUUCAUCACGCGCUGAGACAAGAUGUGAUGCUUCAAUUGUACGAACAAACUAUUUCCGUCGUACCUGCUUUCACCGGCGUUGAAAAGGGUUUCACGCGACAGCUUGCAACCAGUUUGGAAAUGCUUUAUUUUUUGAAGGGUAGCGAAAUCGUUAAAAAAAAUGACAUUGUAUCCCACAUGUACAUAGUACAUCGCGGAGAAGUUGACGUUAUCGGUCCCGACGGUACUCUAUUUUGUAAAUUACGAAGAGGUAGCAUAUUCGGAAAUAUUGACAACAGCCCAUCAACCAGGUACAUGAUGACCAUCGUAGCUGCAAAACACGUGGACACUCUGAUAAUAUCAACGACAAACUUCUACGAUUUGGCCAGAGGUUAUCCCUCAGUGAAGAAGCAGUUUAAAAUUUACGUCUUGCAAAAUAUGGGCUAUGUACCAAGAUUUUCCGACGAGGAAGACACGAAAAAAAAGAAAAACGACUCUUACAAAAAAGCUUGGUUUCCAGUCACGUAUCAGAGAGUCUCAGUGUUGAAAGUGCCAAUCGCAUAUCUGACCAGCCUACUGACAUCUUAUCAAUUUUCAUUCACUCAAACUUUCGUUCCUCUACUUUUUUUCGCCGGACUCGCCCUAGACGUACUGACUUUGGUCAUCCUGUUUCUGGCCUACAAUACCGAAUAUCACGAUGACAGUGGCGACAUUGUCGACAAUAUUACUUUAAUACGUGCUCGGACACUGCAAGAGAUGCAAUUCUAUUUGGAUGCAUUGAGCAUAGUCCCUAUCGAAGUACUCUGCCUUUCCGCGACCAGUUCUAGAAUAUUUUGGUACAAAUUCCUUUGCAUGAGACGACUGUUGCGCGCUAGACAUUUGUAUCUUUUUUUCACAAAGAAGUAUGAAAAGCUAAACGUAAACAUGUUGGCGACAAAGCUUGCUAGUAUGAUAUGUAGUUUCACGUUACUUUUACACAUACUGGCAUGCGUUUGGUACUUGAUUGGUUGUCCAACGCAGUGUUCUCCAGAAUCAUGGAUCGUCAAGUCAAACUGUCAAUAUCCCUACAUCUGUUCGAUCUAUUUCAUUGUUGCCGUGGUAACAACCACAGGAUUUGGCGACAUACGACCGGGAACUGUAAAAGAAAUAAUCUUCUGCUCGAUUAUGUCUGUGUCUAUGGUACCCGUCGUCGCUAUGUUUAUGGGAGACGUUUCUAACGUUGUACAAAAUUACUCUUACACGCUGACUAAGUAUGACACCGCAAUGUCGAUAAUGAAAGAUUACUUAAAGGACGGUCAAAUAUCGUAUCCCCUUGUCGAGAAAGCUUUGGGAUAUGCUAAAAAUUUGUGGAUCCUCGAGAGAGGGUGCAGUCAGCCAGCACUUUUGGCCGAAGCACCAGCAUCGAUAAGUGAAGAGAUAAUGGUCGCUGCAUAUGGAAAACAUCUUUUUGAGAACAACAUCUUAAGAGGAUGCCACGAAGAUCUACUGCGACAACUUUGUGGCAAGAUGAGAAGACGGCUUUUCUUUCCAACUCAUUUUAUUGUACAAGAAGGAGACUGCAACUCAACAAUGUACUUCAUUCAACGCGGAGCCGUAGAAGUCUUGGCGAAUUUAGGAGCGAGGAUGUAUACCGUCUGCGCAACUCUCCAGGCAAAGGAGUACUUUGGUUUACAUCAAGGAUUCAUUCCGGAUAUAAGUCACACUCACACUUAUCGUGCCGCCACGAUUGUCGAGGUUCUCACGCUACGAUACGACGAUUGGAAGGACAUGCUUGUUUACUUUCCAGCAGCAUACCGACAGAUCUAUACGAAAUUGAAAACGAUAAUACAUUACGAUUAUAUAUCGGACAAAAUUGAACAUGUCGCGCAGCAUGUUGCCGUUUAAAUUUUCCACUGCUAACUGAAAUACGAAAACUGUGGCUUCGUGAAAGUUGAAAAUCAUUUACUCAUAUAACAGAUCACUCAUACAUAUCGCAAAUACUUAACAAAAAUGUAUUAACAUUGGAUCAAAAUCUGUGGAUUUUCGAAUACAUAUUUCGUUUAUUAAGUUUACAAUUAUUAAAAUAGGAUUCUUGAGUGGUUACUCGGAACAUUAUUUUAUAAACCACCGACUUUGGAGUGUAAAAAAAAAUGUAUUUUCUAUUUUACACAACGAAGAUACCUAAUUAUUUAGAAUUUAUUCUUCAUCAUUUACAAUUAUCGUUUAAUUUUAAGUUAUUGUUAUUCCCCUAUCGUGUAUGUAAAUCUACUAUAUGCCAAGAGAUGUACAGAUUUAUAUAAAGAAAAAUAAUUAUUUUUGACUCAUGUUCAUGUAGUACGU